AUGGGUUCUCUUCAGCCCCCGAUCUCUUCCACUUCUUCUUCAUCUUCAGGUUUUUUCAUCAGUGAUAUGUUUGGGGUCAACUUGGAACGAGAAGGAGAAGAAGGGGAGGAGGAAGAAGAAGAAGAAGAGCUUGGAGCUAUGAAGGAGAUGAUGUACAAGAAUGCCGCUCUGCAACCCGUCGACAUCGACCCUUCCACCAUCCGGAAACCCAAACGGAGGAAUGUCCGGAUCAGCGACGACCCACAGAGCGUUGCCGCCCGCCACCGCCGUGAGAGAAUCAGCGAGAAGAUCCGCAUCCUCCAGAGACUCGUCCCCGGCGGAACCAAGCUCGACACCGCCACCAUGCUCGACGAAGCCAUUCGCUACGUCAAGUUCUUGAAGAGACAAAUCAGGCUGCUCCAACCUCCACCACCACCCCAGCAACAACACGGCAACAAUAUGAGCACGAUCUCCACCGGCAAUUCCACACUCGCCAAUUGGCCUUUUACAGCAACCACACUCCCCGCCGCCACCGGCGUAGGGUUCAACGGUGGGGACAGCUCCUCGGGGUUUAACCAUGAGGUAAUAAGUGAAUAA